AUGCUCCACCGAGCAACCUCAAUCUUUGCCUUUCUCGUCCUUCUGCUGGUGCCGUUAGCAGCUUUCGCCCAUCGAUUAGAGCUCGAAGCUGGCGAGAAGGAAUGUUUCUUUGAGACUUUGGAUACUCAGGAUAAGAUGACAGUCACAUACGAAGUCGGCGGUGGUGGUCACCUCGACGUAGACUUUUACGUGAUGGAUCCCAACGGCAAUGUCAUCAACAAGCAAGACCGAAAGCCUCAAGGAUCCUUCUCUAUCCAAGUCGACAAGCCGGGGAGGUUUACUUAUUGUUUCAGCAACGAGUUUAGCUCCAUGUCUUCCAAGACCCUGUCGUUCAACGUCCACGGUCAAUUAUUCAUGGGCGAUGAAGAGCAAAUCGCGCCCGUUGAGCAGGAGAUCCGAGAUUUGAGCGCGGGGUUGCAGCUGGUGAAGGACGAGCAGGCGUAUCUCGUGGUCAGGGAGCGAGUGCACAGAGACACUUGCGAAUCCACAAAUUCCCGUGUCAAGUACUGGGCUAUCGCCCAAAUCGGUAUCGUCCUUGCUGUCUGUGCUUGGAAUGUACACUAUCUCAAGAGCUGGUUCGAAGUGAAGAGGGUGCUGUAA